CCACCCUCUUGGCUCUGCAGCGAACAGACCUGUGGUGUGUUUGCAAGCAGUAGUGAGUGAACACAUCACCUCACCCCGGUCAGUAGGGGACAGCAACUUGGAAGUCAGUGUGGUUUGCUUUGCGUGUGUUUUUGCCUGCGGUGAAUCCACGAGGGCUCACUUUAAAAUCGAAGAAAGGACCUCAUUUUCAUCAGGAGUUGAAGUGGCUGGGUGUCCUCCCACUGAAGAUGAGGGGGAGUGGAGGUUAGGACUCCUGGAGCAGCAACAUCACCUCCUUUUUCCUCUUUUCUGGUGGCGGCCGUCCGUCUCACUACAGAGCUUUCCUGUCUGGGGGAACAAUGACCACUCGGCGUUUGCACAUGUGGACUCCUACUUCAGUGGACCUUCAGUAAGAGAGUCCCGACGCACAUCUGGGACCACGUAGCUGAGGGUCCCGGAGUUCAAGGUAUAAAGAAGGAUCUUGGAGAUGCUAGAAACUUCAAGGCCCAGUUAAACCAAGAUGGAGCCAAUUAAGAAAGACAUGGAGCUGCUCAGUAACAGCAUGGCGACAUACGCUCACAUCAAAGCAGCCAACCCAGAGAGCUUCGCCCUCUACUUCAUGAUGGGCGUCUGUUUUGGUCUGCUCAUGGCGCUGUGCCUCUUGGUGGCCGGCAUCACCUGCAGGUCUCGCCGCCGCGCCGGCAGGCCGGCUCCGUUGCCUGAGAGGAGGCAGCUGAAAGAGUCCAGCGAGGAGGAGGAGGAGGAGGAGGAGGAGGUGGAGGACGAGAGCAUAGCGGAGGAAGAGGAGGAGCAGAGCCGCAAAAUGACUCUUGUGCCGAUGGACGAGCACAGGGCCAAGUCCAACGGCACACUCAAGAGCGUCGAUGUGUUCGCCUCGGUCGAGGAGCUGGAAAAGGCCCGGCGUCUGGAGGAGAGGGAGCGUAUCAUCAGGGAGAUAUGGAGGAAUGGACAGCCCGACAUCCUGGUCACUGGGACUGGAACUAUUGGACGGGUCCAUUACCACUCGUGUAUCACACCAAAACCCGAACAAUAGAUGAAUAGUGAGCACUAUUUUUGUGUUCACUUUGACCAUGAUGACCAAGGGGUGGAGCUUGAGCCCUGCCAGAGCCCAGAAUGUGGGGAGCAAUGAACGUGCUUCUGUUAUUGGAGGCACCACUGCAUAUUUUGUGUACUUGGUGUAUGGAUUUAUCAUCCUCGACAUCACCACCCUCCCCCACAACGUCAUUAAGCAAUAAAGUAUGUGUCUAUUAUCAAAAACUAAUGAUAAUCUAUGGGUCCACCAAAACGUUAUGCGUCCCUAUAAACUGUGUUCAUUUUGGCUUUGACUUUGGGGUGGGCGCAGAUGUUGGCAUUUCUGCAUCAAAGUGCCUCUGCACGAUAGCGAUUCAGCAAGGCCAGUCACUUGAAAGUGAAUCUGAAUUUUCACCCAGCCAAUCUGAUCAUAUCACAGGCAGAGAAACUCGGGCACUGAUUAUGUAAAUCAGGAAGACUGGUGGUAAUUUAAUACAUACCUGUCAACUCGUACGGUUUAGCCGUAGUUCAUACGUAUUUUGUGGUGAAUAUAUAUAAUCUAUAUCACAAAUCAUACGGAUUCAGAAAAUUUCCGUCAAUAUGGAUGGAUGCUGUAAUUUCCAGCUGAAGGGUCAGCAUUUAGAGUUGGUGAAGAAAGUUACACAUGAAUACAAUUCUGAACACAGUUUGAUUUUGGGGCAACUGGAUGGAAACUACGAGGGAUCGUUGCAUUUGUUGUCCUAAAAAGACCGCACCAUUGAAUUCAUUUGGGUUUGUGAUGUUCUGGGAAAGCCUUACUUGGGCAUCAUUAAAGGAAAAUAAAAGCGGCCCAUAAACUUUAUUUAGUUCAGACCGCAAAUGUUUCCAAAUGGGUAAACUUCUUUCAGCAGACUACCAAAGAACCUCCAGCCCCCAGCGUUGUUUUCCCAGCAUUUUCACAGGCCGGUGUCACUGACCCUUACAAGUCCAUGUUUCUCUUUCCACCCAAUUCCCAGCACCCCCCCCCCCCCCCCCAACAGCAUGGCUCUCUAGUCAAGACAUGUCUGUUUGGUUCUAUGAAAGAGCCAUUUUCGUCAUACUGGAUACGUUUCGAGCUUCCCACAGUGAAUCCGAGUUGACGUCCCGGGAGAGGGAGUCGAUUUUCUGUUGGCACAAGUCCUCCUCUGACCCCCUCGCUGUGAAAAGCUUCAUUAUGCCGUAAGAGGAAGGCGUGGUUGUCAUGUUUUGAAUCGCUGGGGCCGAUGAAGAGAUUACUGUCUGCACAGAAAAAUCCUCAGCGUCACGAGGCGCUCGUGGCGCACACUGAUAUUUGGUUCACUAUUGUGUGAUUUAUAUGAUUACCGCUCACAUUAUGGUGAGCUCUGGAUUGAGGGAAUUGAAUUUUUAGCAUGCUUUUAAAGAAUGGCUUCUAUGGUCCUCUGCAGAAUUGCUUUAAGUGUGGAGGUUGGUGAAGAACGGCCCGCAGGCCACAUGCACGACACUUUUUUAAUGCGGCUCACUGAACAUUAUAUUAUCUAAAGUACUGUAACAUUUGUUCCAUAAAUUUACCUUCUAAAAUUGGUUUAGAUUUUUAGAUUCAUUUUUCUAGUGCAUUUCAAGAAUUUAAAAAAAUUGGGUAUGGAAAAUAAAUUUUAACUAUUAAAAAAAAAGUAUGGCACAUUGCAGUCAGUUCAGAUUUUAGAUUCAUUUUUCUAGUGAUUUUCAAAAAUGUAAAAGCUUGGGUCUGGGAAAUAAAUUGUAACUAUAAAAAAAAAAAAAGCAAAGUAUGGUGCAUUGCAGUCACAUGCCAACUCCAAAAAAUACAUUUUUGAACAAAGUCCUCUUCAGUGUUAUU